AACACUAAGUUAACUUGUUCAGACCAGACACAAAGCAAGAAAUAUUGCGUGAGGUGAUUUGUAAUGGGAAAACUGUUGAAACGGUUUGUGGUCAGAACGCAGAAUUAAGUUAAGUUUUUUGUAUUGUUUUGUAUUAGUUUGAAGCACAUUUUGCUGGCUGAGAGUUUAAUAUAAUUUUGUACAUUUAUUUGGGAUGUCGGCCACCAUUAACCCUCUAGCAAAUCCUAAAGGAGUGAAGAAGCUGUGCGAACUUUGCCAGAAACCUGCAAAACUGCAGUGCACAAAAUGCCUGGUCACAUUUUACUGUGGCCUUGACCACCAGGGUACUGACUGGACCAGUAUUCAUGAAAAAGUGUGUCCGUUGCUGGUAUCUAUUCACACACCUGCACCAUUCGGCACACUGCAAUCCGACCAAGACCACCACCACAAAGAAACAGUGAAGAAACAGGAGUAUCUAAUAGAGAUUGCUCAUUUAGAGGCGCAGAGGUGGGUGUCCAAGAAGAGGUUCCAGGAUGUGUUACCUGCCGCUCUCCUAUUCCUACGCUGGGCCAUGCGGGUAUAUGGAACUUGUGCCGUUGAACUGGUACCAGCUUAUCUACUGCUCGCGCAAGCUAAUAUAGGUUUAGGUUCUCUCUCUCAGGCACAUGACUAUCUGUCUAAGGCUGAGUGGACAGUGAUGAAAACACCAGGCUGCAGUCACACUGUCCUUCAUCAGCUACACAGAACCCUGGGCCGCCUGCACGCUGCCAUGGGAAAAUACACAUCUGCUCUCACUCACUUUGCCAAUGACGUGUACUAUGCCAGUGAGAUGUUUGGUUUGGACAGUACUGUGACGUCUGGAGGAUAUUUCCUUAUGGCUGAUGUGUUUCUGAAGCAAAAUGAGCCUGGCAUUGCCCUCUCGCUCUACACAGAGGUGGCAAGUUCCUGGCACACUCACCUGUGUAAGCUGAUGGAUGAUAUCAUUCAGAGUGGCACUCAACCAGAAGAAUGUUUUGAUGAGGCACAGUGUGUGGAGGCUGAUCAGAUGUUGAGAUGUAUCUUAGAGUUUGAGGAACAGUGUGUGAAGCCUCGCCCUGACCAGGCAGCCAUGUUGGCUCAUUCUCUGGCUAUGCUGUGGUUGCUAUGCAACAACUACACCAAGGCUCUGGAAUAUGGGAAGAAGGCUGAGGUGUUGAUUCAGGGGCUAAGUGAACAAAACAGACUGAGAGAGUCAAUCCAUAAUCUCCUACAACACGCUGAAAAACAUUUGGAAUGAGACUGGCCACAUCACAGACAUCCAAAAACCAAUAAAUCAAAAAACUACAAUUUACAGCACAA